UAUGCGUUCCUACAUGGCCGUUCUCUGCUUGACACUUCCCCUUGUAGCUCUCAAAGUGAGAAGUUCCAUUGAUCCAUACAAGUGCGCUUCCAUAUUCCCAACCGCAACAAGAAUUCUGCCCUCGAAUCGCUUCCCAACCAUGAAUUUCUGCAGUAAAUCUGCAUGCGCAUCAAGCACAACCUCUUUACCAACCUACCAGGUUCCAGAGCAAGACGCCAGCGACAUGGACCGUAUUGCCGACCAGACAUUUCAUAGGUACUCCUGGAACACCGAGAGGAGCUGCAGAGGGACAGCCAUUGUUUGGUUUAGGAAUGAUCUUAGAAUAUUGGACAAUGAGGCUCUGUACAACGCCUGGCUUGCAUCUGAGUCUGUGUUGCCUGUCUAUUGUAUUGAUCCUCGACUAUUUGGGACCACCUACUAUUUUGGAUUUCCUAAAUCUGGGGCAUUGCGAGCGCAAUUUCUCAUUGAAUGCCUAGCUGACCUGAGGAAGAAUUUGAUGAAACGGGGACUUAAUUUGUUCAUUCAACAUGGCAAACCUGAGGAUAUUCUUCCAGAUCUUGCAAAAGCUUUUGGAGCUCAUACAGUGUAUGCCCAGAAAGAAACUUGCAGCGAGGAGCUGAAUGUUGAAAGAUUGGUCGACAAGGGUCUGCAACAAGUUGUGAUACCAGUACCACCAUAUUCCGAGAAAUCCACAGUAGCUAAAACUUCAAUCACCCCCAAGCUAAAAUUUAUUUGGGGCAGCACCUUGUAUAAUAUUGAUGACCUCCCUUUUGAUGCCACUAGUUUACCGGAUGUGUAUACUCAAUUUCGUAAGACUGUUGAAGCCAAAUGCACAGUACGUGCCUGCAUAAAACUUCCGAAAUCUCUUGGGCCACCUCCUCAAGUUGGGGACUGGGGAAGUCUACCUUCAUUGGAGCAGCUGGGAUUUUGCUCGCCAAAUGUAAGCAAGGGAAUGAAGUUUGUUGGGGGUGAAACUGCGGCACUGAGCAGAGUCUAUGAAUACUUCUGGAAGAAGGAUUUAUUAAGGGGAUAUAAAGAGACCAGAAAUGGGAUGCUAGGGCCUGAUUACUCAACUAAAUUUUCUCCAUGGCUUGCCUCCGGGAGCUUGUCUCCUCGUUUCAUACAUGAAGAGGUGAAGAGAUAUGAAGAAGAAAGGCAAGCAAAUAGCUCUACUUAUUGGGUUUUGUUUGAACUGAUAUGGAGGGAUUACUUCAGGUUCCUAUCAAUUAAAUAUGGGAAUUCCCUUUUUCAUGUAGGAGGCCCGAGGAAAGUGCUGCACAAAUGGAGCCAAGACAAGAAUUUGUUUGAGUCUUGGAGAGAAGGUCGUACGGGGUAUCCUCUCAUAGAUGCUAACAUGAAAGAAUUAUCGACCACUGGAUUCAUGUCAAACCGAGGACGACAGAUUGUAUGUUCAUUUCUUGUUCGUGAUAUGGGCAUAGAUUGGCGCAUGGGAGCAGAAUGGUUUGAGACAUGCCUUUUGGAUUAUGAUCCAUGUUCCAAUUAUGGAAACUGGACUUAUGGAUCAGGAGUUGGGAAUGAUCCCAGAGAAGACCGUUAUUUCAGCAUACCUAAACAAGCAAUGACGUAUGAUCCAGAAGGUGAAUAUGUUGCGUACUGGUUGCCAGAGUUAAGAACUGUUCCAAGGGGUAAGAGGCAUUUUCCUGGGAAUUUAUAUAUUAGGCAAAUUGUACCCCUCAAGUUUGGGACUGCAGGAAGACACCAUAAGGAGAACAAACCCCUCGGUGCAACAAGACCUAAUCAUAGAGGAAGAGAAGUUAGAAGUAACCGGAGACAACAACAACAACAACAAGUCCCACUAGGUGGGGUCGGCUACAUGGAUUGCAAGACGCCAUUGUGCUCUAUCAUUUAUUAACCGGAGACAAAUAGGAUAAAAAGAUAGUUAAAUUCUGGUCUAAUGGUAAUCCUAUUUUACGUUACUUUGUUGUGUUGGAAACCAUGUAUCUUAGAUGUAUUGAAGUUGAACAGAAGUAAUAUUUUGAUUUUUGAGAGUCCAUUCAGUCUUGUUUUGGGAAGUUCGAUCACUUAAACAUGUCAACUAUUAUCCUCCUGCUGCAUGUUAAUAUGUUUCCUUUCAAGCAAUAAUAAUCUCCUACGUUUCUUUUCUC